UGGUUAGCGUCAGCUUGGCUCGCCUGCACCUACGGUACCAUUGAAGCUUCUCGAUACCCAUGACCCUCGGAUUGCCGUGACUAGACCAACCAAGCUUGAGGCAACAUAACACCGGCCAAAUUGCGUGCGACAUGUCCUCCAUGGACGACACACCGGCCUCUCGCACCGAAGAGCCCGACUCUCGAAACAGCUUGCGACACAUUCUCGCAGCAGAUCCGCCCAUGGACGACUCCAAGCCCUCGCCUUCGCUGGCCAAUACACCUGCGCCCGAAGACAGCGAGGCUGCAACAGAUGCGCAAGAUGGCUCCAAGCCAGCGGCAGACGGCGACGCGGCGAAGCCCUACUACACAGCUACGACGACAACUACCCGCCGCAACGCAAAUGGCAGCGUGUCGUCUGUCUACAGUGGAAACAAGAUUAAGCAUCUCAAGAAGGACGACGGCAUCCCGCUAUGGCGCAAGGACAUCCAGUACGACUUCCUGAAGCUUGUCUUCGAGGAUGACCAGCGCGUCUUCACCAAGCAGUCGGAUUCCUCGGGCGGGCAUACUUUUGCCGACAUCUACCUCGAUGCCAUGGCCAAGAGCAGCAAGUGCAGCAAGAUCCUCAAGGACAAGCUGUUGACGGAGCGCCCGGCUGCUAUCAACAUGGCCAUGGUGUGUCUGCUCGUCAACGUAGGGCGCAUGAACACUACGCUCAACUUCUUCCCCGAAAUGCGCGCCCAACUGCGAACCUACCACUCGAUCCCCUCCCUCCAAGCCCACCAAGACCCCAACGCAUACAAGCAGCUGCAGGAUGCGCCCCGACUCAAGUCGAUACUGAAGGGAGCAACCGAGGAUUCUGAGCAGCCCAGCACCGUCGAAGAGAUCAUGGCAGCCUCGAUCCCCCGCACGAACCCUGUCAACCUCAUCUUCGUCCUGUCGCAGUACGCGCCCAAGAUCUCAGAACUACACUUUCUCCCACCACGCGACUUCUUCGACCUCGUCAUGCGGUCCAACCUGAGCAGCAGGAGCCGAGCAACAGCCUUCCUGUGGCUGAUGUGGUGGUACCUCGAGAGCGACUUCUCCAAGGAGGCUGCUGAGAGCAACCCCUUUGGCCCGGGACAGCUUGGGCCUGCUGAUGAUCCUGCAACGGCCGAGUUCCCUAUCAAGUGCCCUCCCUUUGAGUUCUUGAACCCGGAGCAGGAGGUCCUGGAGAAUGUCGAUACGCUUGAAGAGAAGAAUUUUGGCGAGAUCAAGCGCAAGGAGAGGAUUGCUAUACUGGCAAGUGAUAUGGCGCCUAUUGUUACAGGUCCGAAGCGCACGAACAAGAAGGGUUUCAACCAAAAUCCAGUUUUCUCAGUACUAGCGGAUGAUGGCGCUUCGACGCCUGGAAGAGAUCGCCAGUCGCCAUCUCAUGGAUCUGCACGAGGACGUGGCAAGCUGGCAAAGUCCAUCAUAGAACGCGACUACCCUUCAGAUACGGAUCGCACCCGUUCUGUAUCCCCCCCAGUCAGCGUCUACAACACCGGCAAGAAGUCCACACCAAACAUGCGCAUCAACACGCUCCUCAAUGAAGACGGUCUAGCCUCGACACCCGCUCCUAAAGGCCCUGGCCGCGGCAACUGGUCGCGUAAUCGUACCUCCACAGCCGGCGGCACAGCAGCUCGCAACUUCAAGUCCAAACUCGACGCCACCGCGUCCCAAGACGGCCAAUCCCCCUCAGCAUCAGCACCGACGUUCAAUGGCCCGCAUGGUUUCUACCUCCCCUUAAAUGGCUCCGAUCCAUCUCACAAGCGCACACGACCACUAACACAACACCAACUCGCCGUCGAGCAGUAUCGUCGCCGCCGCGUAGACGUGAUCCUCGACCGCGGCAUCCGCAUUCAGUACAAAGCCGCAGCCAAGCGCCGCCGAAAGAACAACCUCUUCAUGCAGAGCUGGAUUAGGUGCAAGGGCAUGCCCGACGGCUACGACACCGACGAAGAGACACACGCCCAAACCAUGCACCAGCAAGACAUUGAAGUAGGCACAAAGACACCCCCUCCCAUGCCCGCCGGCCUGGUGCCCCUCGACUUUGGCGGUGAAGUCAACGACCACGGCGAAGAAUCCUACUAUCGUGCUAAAAUGCUCAACCGCGCAUUGCGCAGGCUGUCUCGCUGGGAAGAUGGCCGUGCAGGCGCGCCACGAGGCAGUCGUCGGGCUGUCAAAGGGGAAAGCAGUCUCGUUCAACCUGUUAUCGCGGCGGAAGACAGCGCAGACGAUGACGAUGAGGAGAUGCUCGAUGUCGAGGAUGCCCUCGAUCGACGGGAUGAAUCUAGCUCUGAUGAGGAUGUUGAUGAUGAGAUGGAAUUGUCUAGGGAGAGGGCGUGGGAUCCGUUGUCUUUGCCGCCGUUGCCACGGAUGCGUUGAUUCAUGUUAAGCGGGGCGUCUGUGUUGGCUUCUUCUUUCUACCCCUUUUUAUUGUAGUCUAUCUGUCUGUAUUAGUUCCGGAUCAUACUUGCUCUGCUCGGCGUCUUGGUAUUGUCUAUGGAGUUAUUACUUGGCUCACUACUAUGGAAGGAAGACGGGGUGUUUGGGUAAGGGGGUAUGUAGGUAUUGUAUGCAUAUAUCGUCUAGUAGUUUAGUUACUUAGACUAGACCCUUUUACUUUUCUUACUCAGGAUUUCAUAACUGCUAGUAGAAGUAGCAGUAGUCGUAGUCCAAGUUUAAACUCAAUUUUCUUCUUCUUCUUCGACGACUCUUGUUUUUCCUUCCUUGUUGGGAAGUUUAUAUAGUCAUUACCAGUUAGGUACAUUCACUAAUCUG